AUGAUCAAAAUGAAAACCAACGAAGAUAAAUUAAUAACAAAUGACAAUCUAAUAGAGAGUGUGCCGUCCAAUAGCAAUACCAAUAGCAAUACCAAUAAUAGAUCUAACAAUGAUAAACCACCCCGAUUCAAACCAAGUCGUAAAUUUCUAGGCAAUACAAAAUAUUUACAAUUUUAUAAUCAAUUUGUUCAAGAAUUUUUCACUAAAUGUCCCAAAUUUUCUGAUUUAACAUCACUGAUAAUAACAACAAAUGGGGAGAUAUAUAAUUUACCUAAACGAAAGAAACAUAAUUCUAGAGGACGUCCAAGAAAGAAUCAAAAUCAAAACCCACAACAAAAUGAUUUCUUGAAUGAUGAUGAUGAUGGUAAUGAUAUUGGUGGAACUUUAUGGACAUGGCAAGAAAAAGAGAUUUUUUUCAAUUUAUUAAAUAAAUAUAAAACUAUUACUGCCAUAUUAAAUAAUCAACAAGAUUGGUUAGCAUUUUUACCGAAGAAAUCCAUGAUACAAAUCAUAACUUAUUAUGAAUUAUUGAAAAAUAAUUAUAAAACUUUACAACGACAACAACAAAAACAACAACAACAACAAAGACAAAGACAAAAACGAUAUCGAAAGAAUAAAAAGGGUAAAUCCAAAAAGAGGCAUGAAGAUGGAGAUGGAGAGUCAUCUUUGUUGAGUUAUCGAGAUAUACCAAUAGCUUAUGAAAUGUCACCAUAUUUUCAAAAUUUUGAACAAUUACAAAGUGAUUUAAUCACUAAAAGAGAGAAUAAUAAAUUAUUAACUCAUGUUAAUAAAAAUAAAAUAUUUCGACAAUAUAAAUCAUUAAUGAAACAAAUUAAUGAAAAUGAUGAUCAAGAAAUAAUUGAAGAAUUAGAGUCAACCACCACCACCGCCGCCACCGCCACCACCACUACACCAACAAAUAUAGUUUCAAUGAAUAAGGAUUCAAUAAUUGAUAUGAUUAAAUUACAAGAAAUUUUUAAAUGUCAAAUAUCAAUAGAUUCAUUAAUUUUAUUUGAAAAAUUACUGUUAUUAUUAAUAAAAAAAAUCUUACUUAAUUUAAUAUUAUUUAUUACUCCUAAAGAAAAUCUGGAAGGAAUCAUAAUGGUGAAACAACUGGAUAUUUGGAAAGCUAUUGAAAAAUUGAAUUAUAAUCCUCGAAAAACUUUACAAUUUUUCAAAAUUCUUAGACGUGAUACAAUACGUAGUAGGAGAGAUACUAAAAAUGAAGAAAACACAGAUCAAGAAGAAGAAGAAGAACAACAACAACAACAACAAAUUGAAGAUGUUAGUGGUUAUAUUUCACCAUUUGAUAAUCCAAUAAUACAUUCGGGUAAACAUAAGAAACGACAUCUAAAAAACAAUGAUUCAAUUUCAAACUCAUCAAAUAAAGAAAUAACUAUUGAUGCAAUAAUUAAGAGACAACAAAAUAAUAUAUCAUCAAAUGAUAACAAUAACAACAACAACAACAACAACAACAACAACAAUGCCCAACAAAAGGAGGAUGAGGAAGAACUUGAAGAUAUAAACAAACAAAAUAAUGAUCAUGAUCACGAUCAAUAUCUUGAACAAUAUUUGAAUAUUUUAGAAACGAAAAAUUUAAAUGAAUUUGAUUAUAUUAAUUCUAAAAUGUAUGAACGAGGAUUAGUUGAAAUGUUAAUGCCGGAAAAGAAAGACGAUGAUGGUAAAGAAUUUAUAGAACAAGAUGAAACAAUUGCUGAAUAUUGGAUAUAUGAAAAUCAAAACAUCAAGGGAGGAGAAGAAGAAGAAGAAGAAGAAGAAGGAUUACCAAUAGAAUCUGAUUCAGAGGAGGAAGAAGGAGAAGUGAUAGACGCAGAAGUAGAAGCAGAAGCAGAAUUGAGUGAGAUUCAAGAACAGGCACAAGAACAAGAAGAAACUUUAAAUGAAACUAAUUAUCAAGAUGAAGAACUAUUAUAUAUCGAUCCAGAACUUUUUGAUUCAGAUUAUAUGAAUAAUAAUAAUAAUAAUAAUAAUAAGAGUACCGACAAUCUUUCAUCGGAUCUAGUGGUCAAACCAUCAUCAACUCAAUCAAUUGACAAAGAAGUUCUACCUAAUAAAGAUACUAAAACUAAAGAUAAACAUACUCUAAUAACGAUAAUAGGAGGUGAAGAUGAAAUUGAACAAAUGACAAUAUCACAAUUGAAAAAAUUAUUACCAAUUCCCAGAAAAUCAAAGAGUAGUGAUACAACUUCAACUUCAACUUCAACUUCUAGUGGUAGUGGUGGUAUUACUAAAAAAUAUUCAAAUAAAUCCAUUACUAAAAAAUUAAAUAAAUUAAAUCAACAAUUUGCCCAAUAUUAA